AAAGUCAGACAGGAGGAAGGUAGAGCUACGGGCAGACCUAUUUUUGUUGCUUUAACUCAGAUUUGAUCCGGAUUCCUUUUUCUUAUUUUAGUUUUGCCUUCUGCAGAACAUGGAUUCAACCUCAGCUAAAGACCUGAGAAUCGUCCUCCUGGGAAAAACCGGAUCUGGUAAAAGUGCAACAGGGAAUACCAUCCUGAAAAGGGACGCUUUUAUUGCAGAGAUGUCUCCUUCCUCUGUGACGAAGGUAUGCCAGAAAGAAACCGUCCACCUGGACGACCGAACAGUGACUAUCAUUGACACUCCUGGGGUGUUUGACACAUCGAUUCCUGAGAAAGAACUGAAGCGUGAAAUAGAGAACUGCAUCAGUCUGUCUCUCCCUGGGCCACAUAUAUUCCUGCUAGUCAUCAAUCUCUCUGCACGCUUCACAGUGGAGGAGAAAAAUGCCAUCAAGUGGAUCACAGACAACUUCGGCGAGGAAGUCUCAAAGUACACAAUCGUUGUUUUCACCAGGGGGGAUCAGCUCAAAGACACCAUCGAGAACUAUUUGCACAAAAGCCCUGAUCUGAGGAAGCUGACCAGUGACUGCAAAGCUGGAUAUGUUGUGUUUGACAAUACAUGCAAAGAAAACCGCACUCAGGUGGCUGAUCUAUUCGAGAUCAUAGACAAGACGGUUCAACUGAACGGCGGUCAUUAUACCAGCAAGAUUUACAAACAGGCCCAGAACAAACUAUGGUGGCAGCAGGCUGGGAGCUAUGUGGGAACUGCAGGAAAUUAUUUAUUGUGUGCAGCAGCAGGCGCAGCUGCACCUGUUGCUGGUGCUCUAGUAGCAGAGGAAGCCGUAGCUUUAUCUGUACCACACGUGAUGGCUCUAGGAGGUGCAGCGAUUCUGAAAGGUGUUGGAUGGUUCAUGAGUCCCAAAACAGACAAUAACUAAGGCAAUUCAGAAAGUGACUGGAGCGUAGUCAUACAUGUACAUUUAAACUUAUGCACUCUCUUUAUUGUGUAAAUCUUACCUGUGUUAAUACUUUGAUACUAACAAAUUAGGAAUAUUUUAAUAUCAAUAUUGCUUUCAUUAUGUUUAUUUAUGUAAUUCUAAUUUUUAAAUGUCUGUAUGAUUUAUACCAGAUAUUGAAGACCUAUCUCCAUCUCGAUUGUGAUGGGCGAUAAACCUAUCCACCUUAUCACUGUAAUAAUGUAUAAAUUAUGUGGGGAAAGCAUUACAUUAUCUUUCUGUUUUAUUUAAAAAUAAAAAAUGGUUAAUGUUUUAUGCUAUCUUUUGUAGAAGAAUCAAAUAUAACAU